AUGUAUUCUCACAUGGAAGGUGCUUCUUGGGCGUGUGCUGGUGGAUGUGCAGAGACAAAGAACAGGCUUCAAGCUCUACCGCAGUUGACAUUGCAUGUUUUGAUCAACUCAGUUUACACUAGUAGCCUUACAAGUUCUGGUAAGUUGCUUUGGCGAUUGGUUUUCUGCAAUUUGUUAUGGUGCUUGUGGGUGGAAAGAAACAAGUUGAGAUUUGAUGGGAUAAGUUUUCAUUUCCAACGACUAAAACAGUUCUUCAUCUUGGCUUUAAGAGAUUUUGCUGCUCUCUAUUUUAAGCCCGGGAUAGCAUUCCAGUCUACUCUCCCCAUUUUUAUUAUUCUUGGGUUGUCACCUUUAAGUACACGGGCUCCCAUUUUCAUUCCAGUACAUUGGAAACGUCCCCCAGCACCUUGGUUAAAGGUUAACACGGAUGGGUCGUUUCAAGAUGAAAACCAUGCAGGCUUUGGUGGUGUUUUUAGAUAUUGCAAUGGUUCUUUUAAGGGAGCUUACUGCUCAAAGGCUCUAGCCAAGAGUGUUAUUGAGGUAGAGUUGCUGGCCGUAAUUGAAGCCAUACAGAUUGCCAAAGCUCGUCAGUGGAAUAAUCUCUGGUUGGAGACAGACUCUGCACUUGUAAUCCAUUAUUUUAACUCACCUCUUUUGAUCCCUUGGAAUUUACGUGUGGCCUGGUUGAAUUGCUUGCAAACGGUAAAGCACUUCAACUUUAGAAUUUCGCAUGUUUAUAGAGAAGGAAAUGGCGUAGCAGACAGGUUGGCAUCAUAUGGAGCAAGUCAUGUGGGUAAUAUUUGGUGGGAGGCUCUUCCAGAUUUUAUUGCUGAUAUUUAUGGUGGUGAUCUUAUUUCUUCAGUAUUCUAUCGUGUUUCUUAG